UAGACUCACAGAAUCGCUGGAUGAACAGGAAAAAGACAUUGAUUGUAGACGAUAGAAUCUGUAAUGGAAUGCGUUUGGGACCGCUGUACGCCAAGUUCACCUGUGUUAGUAACUCUCAAGGUUCUGCUGUUCCCCAUAUCCAUUGCAGAGAUUGUAAUUGGUGCGCUGUACCUGGAUAGCUGUCCUGUGCAAAGGUACAUACCUGUUUACCUGGUGGUAGCAGGAGUGUUCACCUUGUCCCUGGUGCUCCUGGCCUGCCUGCCCGGCUCACAUGAUCCUGACGUUUUGCCAAAUCAGGAUGCCAUAGAUAAAGUCCGUUUCUGCGGCAUCUGCAACGUAUGGAACUUCAUUGUCUCCUUCAUCCUCCUCUGUUGGGUCAUUGCUGGCAGUGUGUGGAUCUACUCAAUACACCAGCCCAAUUACGACCCAGCUGCAGGGGACUACUGUGAUAAGACUGUCUACCUGUUUGCUUUUUGGAUAAACCUGGUGAAUUUCAUAGUGGCAGGCGUAUGCAUUGUUGUGUGUUUCGCAUACAUUGCUUACAACUGUGCUCAAUUGUUUUGUUGUUGUUUGUGCGCGUUAUGUGUUAAGUGUUUUGAGGAAGCCAGAACAAACAGACCUUGAUUGAUUGCAAUUUCGUUUAUGGCCUUUUCACAUUCAUUUGGUACCACUGAUAAUUAUGGGGUGUAUAGUGAUGUGUUUUAGUGUUUGAUAAGACUCCUACAUUUCAGACUGAUAAUUAUGGGAUGUAUUGAUAAGACUCCUACAUUUCAGACUGAUAAUUAUGGGAUGUAUUGAUAAGGCUCUUACAUUUCAGACUGAUAAUUAUGGGAUGUAUUGAUGAGGCUCCUACAUUUUAGACUGAUAAUUAUGGGAUAUAUGUGCUAGUAAUGUGUUUUAGUGUUUGAUAAGACUCCUACAUUUCAGACUGAUAAUUAUGGGAUGUACAGUAUGUGCUGGUGAUGUGUUUUAGUGUUUGAUAAGACUCCUACAUUUCAGACUGAUAAUUAUGGGAUGUGUGUGCUAGUGAUCUGUUUUAGUGUUUGAUAAGAGUCCUACAUUUCAGACUGAUAAUUAUGGGAUUUAUGUGCUGGUGAUGUGUUUUAGUGUUUGAUAAGGCUCCUACACUUCAGACUCAUUCAGUAAUCAGUCUGACUCUGCACCAAGUUUGUAUUUAUUUUUUCACUUUGGAGUGUUCAAAUUUGAUUCUAUGUGAUACUCUGUCAACUAUAUGUAAAAUUAAUUAGGUUUUAUGUUUUGUAUAAUAACAAGCAUUUUUUGUUUAGAUUACUUGAGAAGGCCAAUAUACUUAACUCAUUCACUGCCAGCCAUUUACAGUGCAGAGCCCCCCAUACUGCCAAAUGUUUUACAGCAUUUUGACUGGUUUUCCAAGAUCCACUGAACAGUGAGCUUUAUGACUAUGUAAAUGUAGCAGGGUUGGUUAUGCCUUUCUGAAUUUCCCCACUUUUCCCUGCAUAUUCGGUGCAAUUUUGCAGUUUCCCACGACCUCUGGGGUACAGAAGGCAAUAGGGGGGUGUGGCUUGGGUGUGGCAGAAGUUGGUUCCCGCGCUGGAGACCCUUUAAGA